GAGAUGUGAUUGCACCUGGAGCCAAGGGGUUUGUGCAAGCCUGGGUAGGAGGGGUCAGCAUGGAGCAGCUACAUAAAGCAUCAGGGAGCUGAGCACACAGCAGCGGCUGGAGCAGAGGCAGCAGAAGCAGCAUGGGAGAGCUUCGCGUCCGCUCCGUGCUGGUGACCGGCGCCAACCGCGGCAUCGGCCUGGGGCUGGUGCAGCACUUCCUGGCCAUGCCAAGCCCACCCAAGUGGGUCUUUGCGGGGUGCCGGGAGCCCAAGGGGCAGCGAGCGCAGGAGCUGCAGAACUUGGCCUCCAAGCACCCCAACCUGGUCAUCGUCCCUCUCGAAGUCUCCGACCCUGCCAGCAUCAAGGCAGCUGCAGCCAGAGUUGGGGAGCACCUGGAGGGCUCGGGGCUGAACCUCCUCAUCAACAACGCUGGGAUCAUUAAGAUUAAUUCACUUGCUAAUGAGACCCUGGAGGACAUGAAACAGAUUUACACCAUCAACACCAUCGGGCCCAUGCUGCUGGGCCAGGCAUUCCUGCCCUUGCUGAAGAAGGCUGCUCAGGGAAAACCAAGCUCAGCCCUGAGCUGCAGCAAGGCUGCCAUGGUCAACGUGUCCAGCAUUGCAGGCUCCGUUGGUUCCCUCUGUGACUGGGACAUGGUUCAAAUCGUCUCCUACCGCUGCAGCAAGGCUGCCCUCAACAUGCUGACCAAGUGCCAGUCCCUGAGCUACCAGGAGCACGGCAUCCUCUGUGUGGCUCUGCACCCUGGCUGGGUGCAAACCGACAUGGGCAGUGCCGCAGGGCACCAGCCCCCUGUGACGGUGGAUGCCAGCGUGCGAGGGAUGCUGAAGGUGCUCUCCUCCCUCUCUGAGAAGGACACUGGCACCUUCCUGGACUGGGAAGGGAAGGUGGUGCCCUGGUGAGAUGCCAGCCUGGCCUGCUGGCAGCGGGGCCCUGUGCCACUGCUCCCCAUGCCAACACCUCAAUAAACCUCUGCCUGUGA